AUGAGGUGGCACUGAAUUCCGGAAGCCGACAGUGUUCAUAAACAGAAGCUAAGCUAACAGGCUAACAUUCUUGGCAGAGUAGCGUGUUUAAAACUCAACGCUGAUUUUCUCGGAGUCUGAGUCUGAACCUCUCAGGAGUCAGAAUGAGUCUGCAGUGGACGGCGGUGGCCACCUUCCUGUACGCCGAGGUCUUCUUUGUGCUGCUGCUCUGCAUCCCCUUCAUCUCACCCAAGAGGUGGAACAAGAUCUUCAAGUCUCGUAUCGUUCAGGGCAUCGCUCUGUAUGGAAACACUUCAUUCAUGGUGGCCAUCGCCAUCCUCGUCUUCCUGCUGAUCGAUGCCUUUCGUGAGGUGAGGAAGUACAGCGUGACGGAGAAGGUGGACCUGACCAACAACCCGACGGCCAUCGAACACAUCCACAUGAAACUGUUCAGAGCUCAGAGGAACGAGUACAUCGCCGGCUUCGCCCUGCUGCUCUGCCUGUUACUGCGUCGCCUCGCCACCCUGCUCUCCCAGCAGGCCUCGCUCAUGGCCUCCAACGAAGCCUUCCAGAAGCAGGCGGAGGGCGCCAGCAACGCCGCCAAGAAAUACAUGGAGGACAACGAGCUGCUGCAAGAGAAACUGCGUGAGGCCGGCAUCGACGUGCCCGAGGCCGGGAAGAAGGGAGCAGGGCCGCAGGAGGAGAACAGGAGUCUGAAGGAGGAGGUGAAGACCCUGAAGGAGGAGCUGGACACCACCAAGAAAGCUCUGCAGAAGUCGGACAGUGACGUUCGUGCGAUGAAGAAACAGGCGGAGAACCUGACGGUGGAGUACGACAGGCUGCUGGAGGAGCACAGCAAGCUGCUGGCGAGCAGUGACAAGAAAUCAGACUGAGGAGAGACGCUUUCCACUUCCUCUCAUCUUCAUCUUCAUCAUCUUUGCCGUCCCGGACACACGGUCCGCUGCCUCCGUAUCCACCUUGAUGUCCUGCUCAGCAAUGUGAUGUCACUUCCUUUUGUGCCAGCUGACAUCGCUGGGCUGUGAUUGGUUCAUUAGACUGUUGAGAGUUUUAUCAGACGAUAAAAACUCUGAGGACAUGAACUUUUUUCCGAACUCUUCAGCUUCUGUCUCUGUUGGAGCUUCAGUCUUUUUCUGUUUUCAUUUUGUUGCUUUGAAAAUUUUUCUCCACUUUGCUGUUUGUUGUUUUUUUUCUUGUACAACUUUUAAACAGCAGAAUUAGUUAAACAGUGAAACAGUGUUGAUCAGUGUUGAUCAGUUAAAAUCUGAUCAUUCCAGUCGGAGUUUACAUGAUGUUUCCAGCAGAAACACGAGAGCUUGGCUCUGAGAUGAUUCUGUACCUGGUGAACAUCAGGCUGUAAACUGAUCCUAAACGUCUUUGAAUUAAGUGAAAUCCCUGAAACUCUUGAUGUGUGUGAAGGUUGAUGAGGAGCCGUGUCUCUUACUCUGUGAAUGUUUGGUCAUUAAAACCGGCCGGGCCUGUGUCAUAGGUGACACACGGAGUCCAGAUGUGAACAGAUGUAAAUAGGGAUGGUUACCUGUGAACAGGGCGUCUGCGGGUCAGAAGGUUUUCACAGUCUUCACCUGCUGGACACGCUGUCUGCUGCAGCAGCUGGAUCACAUCAGGUCUGAGUGGACAAGCUCCACUCAAUGGUCAAGAUUUCAACUUCAACUUUAAUGAAUUCCUUUGUUAAUUGGCAAAUUCAUGUGUUCAUUUUCCAGCUCGAUGUAAUGAUCUCCUUCAUCAGUGUGAUGUAAUAAAUCAUUCUUGGACUUUU